AUGAAUGCUGAAAUGAAUAUAACAUAUAUAACUUUUGGUGGCCAUGUGGAAGUGGAGAAAUACAGAUAUAUUUAUUUUGUAAUUAUGUUUAUGGUAUACGGUCUAAUAAUUUGCAGCAAUUCCACUAUUGUGUGGGUCAUCAUAGUUCAAAAAAGCCUUCAUGAGCCUAUGUACAUUUUCAUUGCUGCUUUGUUAGUGAAUUCUGUUGUUUUGAGCACUGUCAUCUACCCGAAGCUUUUGAUUGACUUCUUAUCUGAAAAACAGAUUAUUUUGUAUCACGCCUGUCUUUUUCAAGUAUUCAUGUUUUAUGUUUUAAGCAGUUCAGAAUUCUUACUGCUGUCAGCCAUGGCUUAUGACAGAUAUGUGUCUAUAUGUAAACCUCUGCAAUAUCCAACUAUCAUGAGAAGAACAAGAGUCAGUAUUUUCCUGAUUUUGUCCUGGUUUUUACCUGCUAUUCAGAUUGUAGUGCCAGUACUAAGAAAUUCUAUUACACCACUCUGUAACUUUACUUUGAAAGGUAUAUUUUGUAACAAUUCUGUAAAUCAUCUUUAUUGUGUAACUUCAAAAGAACUAUCUAUAUAUGGUAUGGUUGUUCUAUUUAAUGGUGCACUUUUCCCCAUGCUUUUUAUACUUUUUACAUACAUAAAGAUAAUUAUAGUUGCCUGUCAGAGUUGUGGAAAUGUCAGAAAAAAAGCUGCACAAACCUGUUUGCCUCAUGUGCUAGUUCUAAUUAACUAUUCUUGUUUGAUUACUUAUGAUAUGGUUAUAGUUAGACUGGAAUCAGAGUUUCCUAAAACUGCACGUUUUAUAAUGACAUUGCAAUUUAUAACAUAUAACCCUCUUUGCAAUCCAAUAAUAUAUGGACUAAAAAUGAAAGAAAUCUCUAAAAACCUCAAAAGGUUGUUCUCUUGA